UCAUGAUUUACAUCCAGUAUAUAAUUGACUCUACAUAUUGCAAUACUGUUACCACAAAAUGACUGAGCUUCUGCAGAGAGAUGACGACGAGCCUCUUUUGGCACUAGAGACACCGCUCCAUGAUAUCAUCACUGGCGAAGAUGACACAUUUCGUACCGAAAACGCCUCCGUGAACGACUGGGAAAGGCGCAACGUAAUUGAGCGUACGAGAGGCAAUAUUCACGUUCGUGUUGACUUGAUGGAGGUCAUUCACGGAACUUACGACAACGACGGCGACGAGGCAACGUUAAUGGUGUUCCGUUUCCUCUUCGACCCACAGAAGCACUCCCGUCGAAUCAUAAGAGCCCGCAUCAACAUCGAGUUCUUUGCCAACAAUAAGAACGAUACUGCUCCAACUGUUGACGCUAUAGCUCCCGAGGAGAGAUGGUCUGUGGUGCCGACUGUGGACAGCGAGUCCAUCACACGCGGCGGGGAGCUGAACCUGGGGGCCUCCGGAGUGCCGUUUCUCGAAGCAGGAGGAACACUCAAGUUUGAGAAAACAGUCAACAGAGGUAUCAGUGAUGCUACCACGGUAACUGGAAGCAUCAACUUGGGCACAGGAAAGAACUCGGGCGAAUCAACGGUCGCUGUGUGGAAUCUGCAAGAAAACAAGCGAAGGCAAACCGGCAUUCCGGAUUCAGUAAGAGUUGCAAUUCUCCUCCGUCGAGAAGACAGCAAACCUUUCAAUGCCAAGGUCACUCUUGAGGCUGACGCCGAUUUCGUUACGGGCUUGGAGAGGAAGUUUUCGAAAGUACCGCUUGACGAUCCGGUGCUUUUUAAUCCUACUCUAACGGGGGACAAGCCUAAGAAGGGCAGAAGUUAUAACGUGCAGGAUUUGGGUAGCUUCGACUUGUAUUCAUUAUGUGACGUGAGAAUGGGAAUGGAGGCUCAUUUUGGUCAAAAAGCGGAGUGAAUUGUUUCGCGAUAACAAAGGUCAUGUAGUAGCCGGAAAAGCGUCUAAAUAGAGAUAAAGAGCGUGCAUGCAUCUUGCAUCGGAGUUUAUGUUGUCAAUACUGGACCAUCAAAAUUAAGUUGUCAACUAGGAGAACCCGGCUCGCGGGAGCUUCCGCUACCGCAAUUCUAGCACAUAUUUCCAAG